AUGAAAAACUUCUCAUCUGAAUCAGAUCCAAUUCUACCAUCUCAAAUUCCCGAUCAGGAGGAGAGAUCAUCAGCCAAGUGUGAGUGGGACUUCCGUAUCUCCGCCGUGAUUUCUUCCUUCGUCACCGAUGGACCCAUCUCCGACACCCUAGGUGUCAUAGAAGUUAACUCCUCCGGCACCCUUUUCGCCACCGGAGGUAUUGCUCGGAAAAUCAGAGUUUACAGUUUGAGUUCCUUGCUAUCGAUAUCACCAAGUGGGGCGGAGGAACCACCGUUGGUCGACCAUGCCACUGCAUGCCUUUUUUGCAUAUGUACCCCAGCAAAACUGAGCAGCCUCAAAUGGAAACCCGGGUUCGCCGGCCGGGUCAUGGGUUCCGCCGAUUACGAUGGAGUUGUCACAGAAUAUGAUCUGGAGACAAAAAUGUCAAUUUUUGAGCGCGACGAGCACAACGGCCGACGAGUUUGGAGCAUGGACUACUCCCAUUGGGACCCGGUGGUCGGAGCAUCUGGUUCCGAUGACGGAACCAUGCAAAUGUGGGACCCACGCCAUGAUGGCGGGAAAUGUGUGGCUACCGUACAAUUAGGGAGUCCUGUUUGUUGUGUGGAGUUCUGCCCAUUUGGUGGCGCAAUGUUAGCCGUUGGAUGUGCUGACCGAAAAGCCUACGUUUACGAUGUGAGGAAAAUGGACAAGGCAGUGGCAGUCUUUAAUGGGCAUGAAAGAACCGUGAGUUACACGAGAUUCUUGGAUGAUCGUACGGUGAUGACUUCGGGUACAGACGGAUGCUUAAAGAUGUGGGAUGUAGAGAAUCAAAGGCUGAUCCGAACGUACAGAGGGCAUACGAACCAAAGAAGGUUCGUGGGAUUAUCGAUUUGGAGAAAUGAAGGAUUGAUUGGAUGUGGGUCGGAGAGCAACGAGAUGUUUGUAUACGAUAAGAGGUGGGGUGAACCGAUAUGGGUUCAUGGGUUCGAACCAGAGGGUGGAACCAGGAGGUCUGAAUAUGGGUUCGUCAGUAGCAUAUGUUGGAGCCAACAAGGGGAAGAUGAGUGCACCUUGGUUGGUGGUGGUUCCGAUGGAGUCGUGAAGACUUUUUCCGGUAAAAGAAAGCCGUUAAUUAACCUCCGUUAAUUAAUUAACUAAAAGCUGACAGAUUUCUUUUUUACAUUCGUUCCAUCCCAUUUUACGAAUAUUGAUAUCCAA